AAGCCCAAAAGCAAAACAGAGAUAAAAAAAAACGUUAACGGUGCUAGUUCCUUCCUUUCUCCGCCAGAUCUCUUUAUCGGCGAACAAGAGUUCCUUCGCUUUCUCUCUCAUCUUCGUUGAAAUUUAUUUAUCAGAGAAAAACAAAAUGUGCCGGCAAAAUUCUCCGGUGCAUAAUUCCGGUGAUGAAGAACUUACAGCUGAUGAAAGUCUUUUGGUUUAUUGCAAACCUGUUGAAUUCUACAAUAUUCUCUAUCGUCGUUCUCUUCAUAAUCCUACUUUUCUUAGGAGAUGUUUGCGCUAUAAAAUAAAAGCAAAGCGUAAAAGGAGGGUGCGAGCAGGAAUUGUGAUUUUCAACUAUAGGGACUGUUACAACAUGCUUCGGAAGACUGAAGUGACUGAAGACUUUUCUUGUCCAUUUUGCUUGAUGCAGUGUGCGAGCUUUAAGGGUUUGCGAUUUCAUCUUUGUUCAUCACAUGAUCUGUUCAAUUUUGAGUUCUGGGUUACUGAUGAUUACCAAGCAGUGAACGUCUCUGUAAAAAUUGACAUACUGAGAUCAGAGAAUGUUGCUGAUGGAGUAAUUCCACAAACACAACCCUUCUUCUUCUGUUCUAGACCUCGAAAGCGUAGACCAAAAAGCUCUUUUAAAAAUCAGAAGCACACCAAUAUAAAGUUCUUGAAGUUGGAUUCACCAGAAGGCAUACAAAAUGGGACUCUACAGAAAGACGAUGAUAUCCUGUCAUGCAAAGGGGAGAAUAUGUCUAGAGCAUCUCAUAGUGAGAAGAAUUUGCAGAAUGAAGGAAAUGGUGGGGUAAAAUUUGGUCCUGAUCAUCCUAGCACCAUGGAUUACGUUGAGCAUGUAGAAUCUAGUUUUAACAUUCCAGGUGUUUCAAUUGCCAUGCCCCAAUCUUCGGAGGACCCUGAAUGUAGCAAAUCUGUAUAUAAAAGUGAUCCUGCUCUGCCUACUAAAGCAAAGAAGUUAAAUACGGACCGUUCAGACUCAAAAAACCGGAUGCUCCUGCAGAAGAGGCAGUUCUUUCACUCACAUAGAGUUCAGCCCAUGGCAUUAGACCAAGUGUUAUCAGAUCGUGAUAGUGAAGAUGAAGUUGAUGAUGGUGUUGCUAACCUGGAAGAUAGAAGGAUGCUUGAUGAUUUUGUGGAUGUUUCCAAAGAUGAAAAGCAGCUCAUGCAUCUCUGGAACUCUUUUAUGAGGAAACAAAGGGUACUGGCUGAUGGUCAUGUUCCGUGGGCUUGUGAGGCAUUUUCCAAGCUUCAUGCAAAAGAGCUGAUUUCGUCCCAAGCUUUAUUUUGGUGUUGGAGAUUAUUCAUGAUCAAACUUUGGAAUCAUGGUCUACUUGAUGCUUGCACAAUGAACAACUGCAAUAUAAUAUUAGAUAACUACAAAAACGGGGGAUCGGAUACUGGUACAGAUUGAAGACCAACUGACUCGGUCACAGGCAAUAUAUAUAUACUCUUCUGUGCCCUGUAUUUGUAACAAAUUGUUGUACUAUCAAUUUCUUAAUGAAUUAUGUGUUGUCUAAGUUAUAAACCAAAAAAUUAUUUUAUACAGUUAUAAAAAUGUAUACAGUACUAAAAGUUUUACAGCAUCUGCUUGAAAAAAAUGUUAUAUUACAUUCACCAUACAAUAUUUCUCUUAAUUUUAAUGACAUUGAACUUUUAUGAAA